AAAUUGCUUUGUCAAACACCAGCAUAUUCUGGAGAUACUAGCUUAUGCUAACUACUCGAGCUGAAGCCACUUCCGGGUCCGCUGCUUGAGGGAAGGUGACUUCCGGUGUCAUGGAGGAGCGCCCGACACUUCCAGGGAAGCAAGACCACGCCCAUCACGACUUAAUCGCGCGCUGAAACAGACGGUGUUUCGCGAGCCCCUACAUAUGUGUGACAGCGAUAAAGUCCCACGUGUACGAGCUGUCGUGCGCGUGCAUCGUGUCCUCGGCACAGCAGCAGCGUCCCGAUUGGGGCUCCUUUCCUCUGCUGUCCCUUGUCCCCUUGUCCCCUGUCCCUGUCACAAGCCCUGUUCAAACCCGGUCGCACACCCCAGGCUGCUACUGUAUAUCCAUAAUUCUUUCACUAGUCUAAACCAUAGCGUAUCCACCGGUAUAAAAUAAAGAUUGAAUAGAUUUUUGCUGCUGUCAUGUCUUCAGAGGGGGGUAAAAACUCAUCACCGCCCUCAUAUUUAAUAGGGAAAAGGGAAGACAUCGUUCACGCCAAAAAGGUUACAAAAUUUAUUAAUGGAAGAGAUGUCCUGGUUCUUUACCAUGAUGGUGUGUUCCAUGCUGUCGACAUGCGUUGCUAUCACUCUGGGGGACCAUUGCAAAAUGGAGAUAUUGAGGAAUUCAAUGGCCAGUUGUGCAUCGUAUGCCCAUGGCACAAGUACAAGAUUACACUUUUGGAAGGGGAAUGUUUAUACCAAGCUGUAGAUCCAGCAGCAAAGGUCCCCAAUCCCACAUGGAUCUCCAAAGGCAAGAAGCAGAGAAUCCACACAGUGAAGGAGAUCAAUGGAGAUGUGUUUGUCACAUUAAAUGACUCGCCCACCUUCGUCGAAUCUGACUACUAUCAGACUGAAAAGUUCAGAGCCACUCUCCGGAAACCAAAGAAAUGACAAAUUAUAUAGAAAUGACGGUGCAUUACAAAUUCAAAUGUUUUUAGUAAAAUAAUUGCAUUCCAUUUAUGAAAACCAUGAGGGAUCUGCUAUGUAAAGUUGGUUAUACCUAUAGUAAAACUCAUUAUGUUUACCAGGGGGUUGUGUCUUGUGACCACUGGGGAAGUGGGUUUCUUCUACUAAAUGCAGUAGUAUGAGCAUUUUUUGACCACUAGAGGGGGAUUUUACUCAACACAUAAAUUGAAGGGAAUAUUUUUUCAUCUCUGAUGUAAAAAUGUCAGGAAUUUUGAGGGUGUGGUGUUUUCAUUAUUGACAAGAAAGCCAAGCCAACAUUCCUUACGAUAUACUUACUCAGCACUGGAUGUAACUACGUCUUAUGUCUCAUUUUAAUCCUUCUCAGUUCUGGAUUUGGUCAAAUGGGUUGCAGAAUAUCACCAAUGUUAUGGUAUCUAUGUUUUCAAUGACAUACAGUUGUUAAGCGCAGAACUUGUGCUGAAAUAGUUUGUUAUCUGUAAGCACAGGGAUACAUUUCAUUUUAGUGAGGAAACAGGCUGCCUGCUGAUAAAAAUCACAAGAUGGUGCCACAGUGCCUUAGAAUUUGACCAGUUUAACUUGUUUGUCAAGUACCAUUUGUGAGCAUUUCAAAUGGUAAGAACGAAGAACAAUCCUCUUAAAAAUAUUAGUGCGUUAAGAACUGUAAAGAAUUUAGAGCUUCAAAUGGUAGUUGUUGCAAGUUUGGUCUUGCUUACCCUUAGAAUUUAUUGUGUUUGACACAUGAAUGGAAAGUCCUUUUUUCAAUGCAUUACACCUUUAUUGUCUCUAAGAAACACAAUAAAUACA